GGCAGCCCAGACGUUAGCUGUCAAUGAGUCUCCAGUUGAAAGUGUUGUUUCGCAGAUUUCAUCCAAUGUAUCUUAGCUCAAAUAUAUUAAUUUGUUUGUCCAUAUUUUGAUUAGACUAGUCGUAUUGCUAUUUACAAAUGUUUAUAAGAGUAAGGACUCGCUGCUGAUGUAGGAGGACGCGUGUAUUCAGCAAACAAUCAAUGUCUAUAAAGUCCAUUUUCGCGUGGAAUCUUUCUUUCAAAAUGGCAGUGGUAUUAACAAUUUGCAGAUGUGAAAAAUGAUUUCGUGUGUUAUAAACAGUGUCGGUGUGGGUGGAUAGUGAAUUAAACACGGAAAUGUGGACAUAAAGUGUAAGAUGGGUUCGCAGACACUAGAGAUAUUACGCCAAGGUGUUUGGGCAUCGUUAACUGGGGGAUGGUUUUAUGAUCCUCAUCAGAAUUUGUUUUGCAACACUGUGCAUUUAUAUGUGUGGUUGUUCCUGCUAUGUUUGCCGUUUUCUAUCUACCUGUACUUCCCGCCAGCGAGUCUCGGUUGGAUCAUAUACUGCGCGCUGGUGGCGGUGCUGUUCGCCGGCCUGAAGCUGCUGAACCACGGCCUGCACCACAUGUACGACACCACCGAGUGCAUCAUCGUGCAGCCGCCCAGCGAUCCCAACGCCACUGAGAACACUGCUCCUGACGAAGGCAUGGAGAUGCAAAUGUUGAAAUUGGGCGGAGCGCCGGCGACGGGGAGUGACAACGAGUCAGUCACUUCCCUUGAGUACCACAAACCUAAUAACAGCACGAUAGAUUUAAAAGUAGAUGUCCACCGAAAGAACAGUUCGGAGUCCAGCAUGGAAGACAGCGCCAUGUCUGCCAAGCAGACGGAGGCUGUGGCCGCCACCAAGUCGGACCUGUGCGUGGCGCAGGCCGCCGACAUGCCCGGCCCUUCCAAAACCCGUCCAGCUACCAGGAGCCGAUCUAAGUCCGGCCACAGGAGGGAACGAACCUCCAAGAGGAGGACACACGGUACUCGCAUCGACGAACUGAUAGGUGAAGCUUCUAGAAGUAACAGAGUCGAGAACAACUUGCCCGUUCAUAUGCUAGUCGACGAAGGCCCCUUCGCCAAAGUCAGUAGGCGUUACCACGAGUGCCCGCACCGGCGUGGCUCAAGCAACAAAGACUUUUUCAAAGAGUGGCUGUAUCUCGACGGUAGUGAGGCUGCCGGGGAACCAUAUCAGUCUAAGUUUGCCCGACAACUCAGCUCCGACUCAAGAGAUAAUUCAGAGCCUAGCGUUGGUCCGCCGUCUCCUAAGAAGAGGACGGCGCACCGCCGGAGAUACGCCAACUACCCAGAUGAAAGUUGCACCAAGUCCGCCAUGGCGCUGGCAACGCAGCAGUCGUCCAACAUGCGCAGGAACUCCAACUCCACGAUGUCCACAAUUCAGCUCCCACUUUUAAAUUCGACCGCACAACUUGUAUCGCAUAUGAGGAGGCACUCCAACAAUGCUGAUACUGGAUUCUUCGCCAGUGUAGAACUUGGCGAAUACAUGAUGGUGAAAGCCGAAGCCCCAGCAGGCGAAACAGAAAAGAGUAAAGGAAAGAGUUCAGGUUUCAGAAGAAUUAAAAGCGCCGCAUUAGAAAUCGGGUGUCCACCUCCGAGCGUUUCGAACUUAUCCCCCCAUCCAAACAGUGCAGAAACCAUCGGGGGUCAGAUGCUAAAGAACCCUAAAAGCGCAGUUAUUCCACCUCCUAGUAAAAGCUUAACUCGCGGUCCACAUUUAAAUCUGUACCCAAAGAACGAAUCGGGAGAAGGAUGUAGCUAUCCAUAUCUAACGUACGGUUCCGAAAUUGUGUACCCGAUCGCAGAAAUAUCUGACGAAAUGCAAACAUCUCAGAAAGAAACCGACCUAGACUCGAGCGGAGAGAGCUACAGUGAUUACGAUGACGAGAAGCAGUUCCGGGGCUUCGACUGGGACGCCGAGCAGUCGCCAGCGAUGCGCUCCAGUGACUCUGAUUAUGAAAACAACGGAUCCAGGUCGCCGUUGCUUGACAGGCCCUCAGACGUGCGAGUGGUGCGGAGUAAAACUCACGGGGACAGCAAGAAGCACUGCUGCGAGCGACACACAAACAAACACAGCUUAGACUGUCCCAAUGACAAAAGUAAACCAGUAAGACUGAAAAAGCUUCCCAAACACGAGCCACAGUACGAAGCUAAACGUUCCGACAGAGCAGCACCUCCGUGCUGCGAAUGUAAAACCACCAUCAACACUAACGUUGACUACUUUGAGAAGGCCAGCGCUAGUUCCAAAGACUUAUUAAUAGAAAAAUCCAGUUUGGAGUCCAAUGAGGCGCAAGAACAACCCGAGAAACAGCCAGAAGACAAAAAAGUCGCCGAAAAGAAACCGUGGGACCACAAUAUCUGUAAUUCUAGCAGUAGUAGCGAUACUUACGUAGAGGGAGUUGCGAAAAUAUUUAAACCAGAAAAGAUCACUGCUCCCGAAACUGAGGAGUCGCAACUAACAUGUGACAGCAGCCGCAGUGCUGACGAACGGAGUGUGUACAGCCUGGACUGGCUCUUCGAGGAGUCCGACCUGGCCGCCGGCUGCAGCAAGGACGCAGGCGCCUGCGCGCUCUCUGAAGAUGUACUGAAUCAAAAGCUAGCCAACGCCCUGGGCGAAUCAUCUUCCAACGUUCCAAAAAACUUGGGAGCUAUACCAAAGCAGAUAAAAAACUUAGCGCGUUCACGAGCUUCCUCGCAGAAGGAGAACAAGAAGAGAGAUUCUAAAAAAGAAAAAGAUGAGAAUCAGAAUGAAGAGGUUUCCUUCGACGCGGUGGAGGCUCAGGCUGCUUUGGUACAAGGGUUGGAGUGCUUGUUCGCGGCGACCAACGCCAACACCGUGGUGAUGCCGCCCACCAACCGGGACGAGCGCCAGCGCAGCCACAGGCAGAGCAUUCGGGGCGAGAGAGAGAAUUCGCACAAAACUAGAAAACGUUCCAUUGAAGAAGUAGCACAAACUUCCACCAACACGCUUCUUCCCACUUCCAUGCCUCUACUGGCGGCCUUCCUCAACUCCAGGGUGGACUUCGGGCCUUGCUGUGCCCCGGCUCACGCCGCCGCCACCGCCGAGCCAGCUCCGCCGCAGAACGCGCAGGCGGCGGAGGAAGCUCCGCGGUUUAGGCCGCUGAUGGACAGAAACCAUAGAAACCGAAUUAGAAAAAUUAAACGUUCUACUCGACAGCGAAAUAAUCCUUCUCAUCAGAACAAUGCAAAUAAAAGAAACAAGCAGCCAGCUGCGGACAGCUCCAGCAACUCCAACAAUGUCCACUUCGCGACGUCAUUCGACGACACCACGGACGGGGCGAUACACUGCUUCAUGGACGAGUACGGCAACUGGAUGUCGUACACCUUUGACAAGAACAGUUCCGGUCGUGCACAAGCGCAACCAAUUCCUUUACCGGAGAAGGAAGAUGGGAUGCGAAUUAACAGGGUCAAACCUAUCGAUAACCCCGACAACUCACAAGAAACUGCCGGCGAAGGCAGCUGUGGCUCUCUAGAAUCCGAAGCUGGCAACAGUGAGAGUAUACCUAAAACUAAACGCGGAGACAGCAUCGACCAAAGUUCGUCCAACCAGGGCAGCAACAACCCGCUCCUGUCGAGCAACAACAACGUGUCGGCCGUGGUGCCCAUCAACACCAAUAACGCCAACAAGCGGUUCUACGUGUUCGACGGAGGGACCGGAGCACACGCGGACCAGCCGCGGUCCCCCGUGGCCUACGUCACCGACAGCUUGCUGGAACAAAUAGAGGCUGAGAGACAAUCGCGCAUGGGUCUACCGAGCAUGCAUAUAAACUUCCUCAUGAACCAGCAGAGGGCACAACAGAUGGCUCAGCAACAAGCUGAGAACACGUACGCCAAUAUACCGAGCCUGAUGCCCUCGAUAGGCGAGGAGAGCGUAGAAAUAAACCUUAGGAGUAAAUUCUCAAAAUUAAUUGACGAAAUGGAGAAGGCGAAUCAGCCGAAACCAAAGAGUUAUUACAAGUUUAAACUUUCAAAAUGUUUCGAAUUGAAGGUGACCAUGGACAGGCUGCAACUGAUGGCGUUGUUUGAUAGGAACUUGACGUUCAAGGAAACCUUCGUCACAAUAUUCCUGGCCGUAAUGGUGGCCGUGCUGGGUUCCAUGGUGUUGAACCUCGGCUUCUACAGGGACAUAUACGCGUUUUGGUUUUGUUUCAUCAUGGCGGGCAGUCAGUACUCGCUACUCAAAAGUGUCCAGCCGGACUCCGCGUCACCAGUACAUGGCUUCAACAAGAUGGUGGUGUUCUCUCGUCCGGUCUACUUUUGCAUAUGCACGGCACUCUUGUGCGGGGUGCACAGUUACUUAGAGCAAACAGCGCCCUUUACAGACGAGGACCACACGAGACGAAAACGAAGUGUAGACGUAACAAAACCUAUCACGAUAUACGGAUUCGAGAUGAAUGAACGAGAUUUUUUACUCAUCAUUCAAGAGAUACUAUCAAAGUUCCUGUUAUUUUUUCCUUUGGCGUUCAGCUUGGGGUUGUUCCCCCAAGUGAAUACCUUCCUCAUGUACUUCUUGGAGCAGAUAGACAUGCACGUCUUCGGUGGCAACGCGACGAGCAGCCUGAGCGCGGCCGUGUACUGCGUGGUGCGGUCCGUGGCCGCCAUCGGGGUGCUGUACGGGUUCGCGUACAGCGGGCUCGUCGAGGGGAAGAAGUCGCAGCACCAGAAGCACAACAUACUGUUCUCAAUAUUCUGCGGCCUCUUGGUGCCCAUCGCGUACCACUUGAGCCGCAGUGCGAGCGACUACACGCUCAUCUGGAACUUGAUAAAGAAACACUUGUUGCCGCCGGAGUUGUACGUGAUACACACUCCGGAAUGUUCGCCGGAGACUGACAAGUCGGACCCUAACACGCUGACUGAAGACAAAAAGAACAAUUCAGAGAGUAACAUAUCGAAACAGAAUUCUAUAGGAAGUUCAGCUUCUAAGAUCAACUUUAGUUCGGAGACGAAUAUUGCCAAGCAGAAGAGGUCUCAAACGUCGAGCGUUAGUUCGUUGAAGAUGGACCCUCGCGGAGGGGACACGAUGAACUCGACGAACUCGCUGAAGGGGGACGUGCCUACAGAAGACGACAAGACCCAGGAUGCGAGUACUACGAAUGUGAAGGCGGACUCGGAGAAGCCGGACGAGGACAUGGAGGACCCGCUGCCGAAGAAGCUGCAGGCGACGGUGAACGCGCGGCUCAAGAACGACGUCAUCGUGUGCACGUUCCUCGGCCUGUUCGUGUUCGGGCUGCACUGCACCACCGUCUUCACCACGCUCCGACCACAACUUAAUACCGUGCUAUGGAUAAUAGCGGGGUGCCUGGGCUGGGCGCUGCACUACGUGGUCCCGCAGCUGCGCAAGCAACAGCCGUGGCUGUGCCUGGCCGGGCCCGUGCUCAAGCAACACGAGCACGCACAGUUCGAGGUCACCGAGCCCGCACGACUCAUGUGCUUCGAGAAGAUGUUCGUGUACCUGAGCUUCCUGGAGCGCAACGUGUUGUACCCGGCCGUGGUGGUGGCGGCGACGUCGCAGGACGCGCCCGCCAUCGCCACCAAGUACGGGGACGCCGUCGGGGCGCUCAUCAUAUGCGUCUGCGCACUCAAGUGCCUAAGAAACGCGUAUUCAGAGCCAGAGUCCCAGUACCUGAUCCUGGUGUUCGCAGUGCUCCUCUUCCAGCGAGACCUGAGCAGCCGCAAGAUAUCCGAGACCUUCCUCGUGGACUACUUCAUCACUGCCAUCAUCUUCAGUAAGGUCUACGAGUUCCUGCUUAAAGUGCAAUUCGUGGUGACAUACAUCGCGCCGUGGCAGAUCACGUGGGGGAGCGCGUUCCAUGCGUUCGCGCAACCAUUCUCCGUGCCCCACUCCGCCAUGUUGUUCCUCCAGGCCGCCGUGUCCGCUCUGCUCUCCUCGCCCCUCACCCCCGCACUCGGUAGUGCAAUAUUCAUGACAUCGUACGUGCGGCCCGUGAAGUUCUGGGAGCGCGACUACAACACGAAGCGAGUGGACCAGAGCAAUACUCGGCUCUCUUCUCAACUCGAGCGGAACUUGGGAGCUGACGAUAACAACCUCAAUUCAAUAUUCUACGAGCACCUGACGCGGUCGCUGCAGCACUACCUGUGCGGGGACCUCAUGCUCGGCCGGUGGGGACAGGUCCAGCAGGGAGACUGCUUCGUAUUAGCAUCAGACUACCUAAACUGCCUAGUCCACAUUGUGGAGAUGGGCAACGGGCUGGUGUCCUUCCAGCUGAGAGGGCUAGAGUUCAGAGGGACCUACUGCCAACAGAGAGAGGUUGAGGCCAUCUCCGAAGGCCCCGAGGAGAGCAGCGAGGGGGUAUGCGGCGGGGCGUGGUGGUGCGGGGGGCGCGCGCUGUCGCUGGGCGCGAUGUGGGCGCUGCGUUGGUUGGCGUGGCAGCUGGUGGCGGCGCGGUACGUGCUGGAGGGCUACUCCGUCUCCGACAACUCCGCCGUCUCCAUGCUGCAAGUCUUCGAGUUCCGGAAGGUGCUGCUCACUUAUUACGUCAAGAGCAUAAUCUACUACACGAUCCAGUCAGCUAAGUUAGAGGAGUGGUUGUCCUCUCCCAUGAUAGCGGAGGCGUUGAAGCCAAUGAACGAGAGGAACUUUGUGGACCUGGACCCCAUAUUCAACGUCAACCUGGACGAAGACUACGACUUCAGAGCUUCUGGUAUUACCAGGAGUCGUUUCUGUGCCGUGUACGGCGAGUGGAUCGCGUACUGCGGGGCGCGGCGCGGCGCGGGCUGGCGGCGGCGCGGGGGCGCGGCGGGCGGCGGGGGCGCGGGGCCGGGCGCCGCGCUCACCACGCUGUGCUUCGCGCUCAGCCUGCUCGGCCGCCGGGCGCUCGCCGCCGCGCAGCAUCUCUCCGCCUCCAGCGUGGAGUUCUUCCUGUACGGGCUGCACUCGCUGUUCAAGGGCGACUUCCGCAUCACGUGCGCGCGCGACGAGUGGGUGUUCACCGACAUGUCGCUGCUGCACUCCGUGCUGGCGCCCGCCAUACGGAUGGCGCUCAAACUGCACCAGGACCACUUCAUGUUCCCCGAGGAGUAUUGCAGCAGCUCGGCGCUGUACUGCGCCAUCGCGUCCCACUCGCAGCGCCUCGUCAUCUGCCACGAGGCCGCGCCCGCCUGGCGGUACAACGUGCUGCGGGGCGCGCCGCAUCUACUGGCACUCAGACACGUGAUGGACGAGGGCAACGACGACUACAAGAUAAUAAUGCUGAACAAGCGGCACCUGGGCUUCCGCGUCAUCAAGCUGAACCGCGAGUGCGUGCGCGGGCUCUGGGCCGGCCAGCAACAGGAGCUGGUGUACCUCCGGAACAGGAACCCUGAACGAGGGUCCAUACAGAACGCUAAACAGGCGCUCCGCAACAUAAUAAACUCGUCGUGCGACCAGCCCAUCGGCUACCCCAUCUACGUGUCCCCGCUGACGACGUCGUACGCCGACACGUCCCCGCAGCUGUGCGAGCUACUCGGCGGCCCGCUCACCGUCUCCGCCAUACGGCAGCGACUCGCCGCCGCAUGGAGACGGAUCCGGCGUCGUUGCGGCGAGGGUUGUUCGUCGGGCGGUGCGGGCGGCGCAGGCGGCGCGUGCGACGCGGCCGCGGCCGAGGCGGGCGCCGCGCGGGGGACCACGCCCCGGCACAACGCGCUGCAUCUCUCCAGGACCUCGCUCGCGGGCACGCGCGGUAGCCUGGCGAGCGCGGGCAAGCCGACGUCGUCGACGCUGGCGUCGCUGGCCGGACUACUGCGGGACCACGCGCACGACCGCCCGCAGGACCGACCGCACGACGACGCAGGACUAGAUAUAUUGAAGAUAUAUAACUCAGCGAGUGGCGUGGCGGGCGUGGCCGGCGCCGGGGUCGCGGCCGGGGGCGCGGGGGCGGAGCCCGGGGGGCGCGGCCUAAGGGACACCGCGCGGCGGGAGCGGGGGCGCGCCAGGACGCCCGGCAAGGACUCCGCCAGGCAGAGCGGGGCCCGCAUGCGUCGCGCGGCGCCGGCGUCGUUCCGCCUGCUGGGCGCCACGGACGGGGCGCGGCUCGAGCCCGCCUGCUCCUCGCAGCCCAACGACGACACGCAGAGUGCGGCGGGCAGUAACUGGGAGUGUGCGUGGCGAGACCAACCGAGGCGGGCCGCCAGCGCUAAGGUAUCCAGCAGUAGAGGCGGUCCGAGCGCGGAGUCAUCCCUGGAGGACCUGACGCUGACCCCCACGGGCCUGGACCUGUCGCUGCCCGACUGCAAGAUCAUCGCCAACAGGAACGCCAGGCAAGACAGAGACUUUAAAAGGUACUACGUCAAUGAAAUGACGCCGAAAGACUUAUCGAAGCUUAGUAAAGAGAUUCGCCACGAACGAGAAAGCUAUAGAGAGCUAACAGGCCGCUACAUAGAGAAACCUGAAGCUAUUCCAUUAAAGGAGACCCACUACUCAGACUUAUCAAACAAAGAAUCGAUACUGAAGAAAGAAGCUAAAAAGGAGCCUAAAGCCAAAGAGAUAAAGACUAAAAUCAAGCGGUCGGACUCUGGGCGCAGCUCGCUGAAGGCCAACGUGAGCGUGGGCAGCAAGGUGCUGAUCGUGGAGCCGCUGGGCGUGUACGACUGCAUCAACCUCGGACGACGCAUUGAUGUGCUCUGGCCCAGCGACGCGCAUCGGGACCGCGGGGGGCGCAACUACUGGGGGGCUUGGGUGCCGCUCGCGGGGAUGGACGGACUCGUGGUACACAAAUGGACUCCGAACCACAGAGACCCCAAGUUACGUUCCCACGUCGACAAGAGCAUACUCCUCAUACAAAUCGAUGACAAGUUCGUGCCCAUAGCGGAAAACUGCGUCCAAGACCUCGGCGACGAAGUCUGAACCUUACCCCCAAGGACACAAGGUCGAAAUCACAUCAAACAACACGUAUGAACUCUUCACUCUAUUUUAUAACAAGUCUGAACCUUAUCUGUAUAACAAUAAGGUCGAUAAUACCUUCUUUAUAGGAAUCUUUGACGAUAGAAACUUUGUUUAGAUAAAUUGCAUGAGUCCUGACAGUCGGGACGCUUGCACGAUCUCGGUGUUGAAUUAUGAACCUUAUAUGUACAGUAGUAAGGUGUGUUAUGCUUAUUUUUAAUUAACGCAACUGAUGCAGUUCCUUUUAAAGCCUUGUAGCAUAAAUAAUGGCCUAAGGAAUUAAUUUAAAUCAUAAUACAUGACGAAUCCUUUUGUAUCUAUUAAAAAAAUGUUACUAAAGGAUGGUUCGAAUCUUAUGUUUUGCUUUAUAUAGAAUCUACAAUGGUGAUCUUAUGCAACACUUAUGAAUUAUAUAUCUAUACAUAUAAAUAAAUAAAUAUGCACACAUUGACAAGCUAACCAUGUUAAAUAUGAUUAUAAUUUACUCUGUAAGUCAUUAAUUCUGCUACAAGGUUAAACUAAUAUUACGGUGUUAUCGUUUUAAAGGUGAUAGACAGGAAUAUAGGACCAGCAUACGUAGUUAUAGUAUCCAGUAUAAGAUGCUUCUCUAAUUAGGAGCCAUCCAUAAAUUACGUCACACAAUUUUCAUGAUUUUUGAUCCCCCUCCCCCGUCCUUGUCACAAUUGGUCACAUUUGUGAGACCUCCCUCUCCCAGAGUGACGUCACAUUUAGCGAGACCUCCCUCUCCUAGUGUGACGUCACAUUUUAUAAUUUUACACCUAGAACUUUUUGAGUUUUCCGAUAAUAGUUCCAAGUUUGUGUUUUAACAGUUAGAUUAUAAUAAUUAAAAUGUGACGUCACGAAAUUUAAGACCCCUCCCACCCCCUUGUCACAUAAAGUCACACUUCGUCGACCUCCUCCCCCCUUUUAACGUGUGACGUAAUUAAUGGAUGGCCCCUAACAUGUGAGGUCAACUUAAACUGGUUAUUAUAGUCCCUAUGUUGGUCCACUCUUUAUUAUGAGAGUCACAAAACAUAGAUAUAUAAAGAUCUUAUGACAACUAUGAAUAAGUUUAAAUGGAAUACAAAACAAUGGAUUUUCAACCUUUACCUCUUAAUGUUAAAGUUCAGUGUCCUAUGAACAUUUUGUUUUGUAACAGUUGGUGUUAUUCUCAGUCUUAUAUCGUAGGGAAUAAGGUUGGUAAUACAAGAACAGUUCAUAGGGUUUGAAGUAUGAAGCUAGCUAAAUUGUCUACCAUUAUAAUAUAAUACAAUUAUAGACCAAUAUUUAGGUGCAAAUAUCCACUAAAUGAAACUAACAUAAUAUGAAUACAUCCAUCUCUUUCUAUGACAAGGAGCUAGAAAGAGAUAGAACAUGUUCAAUUGUGUUUUUUAUUUAGUGAGUAUUUCGUGUGAAAUGAU